GGCUACAUAUAUACAAUUUAAUUUACGUAUACGAUCUUUAAGUUUUAAUAGGAAGGUGAAGCCAGACCAAAGGUUGCAAAGAAAGCAUUAUUUCUUGUCUGAGAAUUAGUGGUUCUUGUCGAAUCUAACCUUACGACUGUUGCACCAUAUAUUUAACUUUUGGUUCCAACAUGAUUGAUAUAUUGUGUGGAUCAAAAAGAAGAAUAUCUAACACGGAGGAAAAUGAAAGAAUUGCUCUCCGUCAAAUGAUUUUAAAUAUGUCAAUAUGUAAGAUUCAAAAAGAUCAAGGUAGAAAAGAGCCAUCACUCUUUCGUUCAGUUGUUAUAGCAAAUACUGUUAGAAACAUUGAAAAUGAAAUGGAUAAUGAAAUGCUAUUAGAAUUUGAAACUAACAAGGAUUUUCCUACUACAGCUCUAAAGCAACCACUAAAAUACUCUUUCAUUGACAAUAAUAAUAACCAAAUUAUCAACCAAGCCAAACCAUCUAUUGAAAAUAGUGAUAAAAAUCAAUUUGGAGCAAUAGGUGACCAAAGAAAAACAAAGGAUACUGAUUCAAAAACUUCGAAACUAAGUUGGGAUUCUCAUAAUACACAUGUUUUUACUAAUUCUUCGUCUUUAGAUAAAAUGGAAUUUGACAAUAGUUUUCCUGAUGUUGAUAUAGCUUUAUAUGAUUUUGAUGAUACAUUAUCAUUUUUUACUCCAUUGCCUCCCUAUUUAAAUAAUAUUGAUUGGCGUUUUUUCCCGAGCUGUGCAACAAUAGACCGCAAAAAAGCAGAUUCUUAUUUUGAAGAAUUAGAUCAAAUGAUGCAAGUUUUAGUCGGCAUGUAGGAUCUACUUUUUCUCUGCUUUAUAAAUGUGUUCUAAAAUGGUAUAGCAACCUCAAAGUAGUUAUAUAUUUAAAAGGAAAUUAUUUUUCUUUUUAUCUUUUUAAAAUAUAUUUGCAAAUUUCUGAUAGAUUCCUACUAAACUAUAUUUAUUUAUUUUUUUAAUAAAUGUUAAAAUGUAAAGUGUCGCAUUUUUUAAAAAUGAAGAUAAACAGCAUUUAAGAAGAGUCUUGUGUAAAAUAAAUUUUCAUCCUUCCAUCGACAAACCAUUGCAAUUACUUUCCAUACACAUAACCAUGCUAGUUGUUUAUUUUAAAUACUUGUUUGUUUUAUCAAAUAAAUGCUUGUUCUGCUUCAUUACUAAGAUGUGAUAGUAUAUACAGGAGGAGUUUCCAAAAUUGUGUAUAAAAUUUUUUUUAAGCAAUUGUUUAUAUAGUGAAGUGAAAAUUGACAAAAAACGCAUGUAAAUUAUUUUUAUUUUGAGUUAUUAUAAUGUACAAAGAUAUUAACCUAUAGUUUAUUCCAACAAAGAGUUGGUUGAAAUUCUCAAAUUUACAUGUUGUAUAUAUUUAUUGUGUUAUAUUUUUUAUAAUAUGAAGAUAGUUUGUAAUGUAUUUAAUAUCCUCUAACAUUUAGAAUAUGAAUGGUCAAACUGCUCUGGUUUUGAAGAGUUUUGUGUUUGUUUUUUAGAUUGUUUUUUCUUUUUCUUUUGAGUUUUCAAUAAUUUUUAGUAUUUAAAAUUUUUUCAAAAGAAAACCUAAGAGUUUUAUUUUUAAUUAUAUAUUUUCAGUAUUUUUUAUUUUAUUUAGGAAAUAAUUAGAAUAUGUUUAGAUGAAAAUUUUAUGUAAAUUUUUACUAUGCACUAGUUUGCCAUGGUUUAGCCAAGUGAUGAUAGAUUGUUUAUGUAAAACAUAACUUUGUCGUCACAUUUUUCUACAUAUAAAACCUUUAAGUAUAGAAUAGUAUUUAAUCUAUUUUUUAUACGUUAAGUGUUCCGUAAUGCAUUUAUCUAAAUCAGCUCAUAGACCUGGCUUUAUCUUGGCGAAUUGUGUUUAAAUAUAUUUUAUUAUAUAACUGUAUAUAAAGCAUACUAAUAAAUGACAAUAUUAAGGAACCAUUGAAACGUAUUCUUAUUUUUUCUAAAACAUGGCAAACAAUUUUAAUGCACACUGAGUGUGUUUAUCUAAUGUAUACAUGCGUAUAAUAAUAUUUUUAAAGAUAAAUAUUGUUUAGUUUCCCUUA